AUGGCUAUUUUUGAUUUUACAUCAGUUGCUGCUAGUCAACAACAAAAUCAUUUAAAUAAAGGUCAAUUAAAUUUUCUUUCAGAAAAUUCCAUUGAAAUUUCUUUACAUAAAAAAAAUGAUGAUAGAUUAGCAUUAAUCGAAGGUACAGAUAAUGAUUUUGGAGCAAGUUUUAUUGAAAUCGAAAUGCAUGAACUUAAUUUACAUUCAUGUAUAGUACUUAUGAUUUGUUUACUUAAACAUCUGGAAGUAAAUGAUAUAAUAUAA